AUGUACAAAGGUGAAGAGGCGGUGGAGCAGAGGUCACUUGUAGGAGAUGUGACUGGGGGCGGUGGGAUAGAAAUAAGAAAUCUUAAGAGGUUGACUGACUUGGAUCUUGGUGCCAAUAACUUGAGUGGUGAAAUCCCUUCGUUUCUAGGUCUUUUACCCAGCUUGAGUAGCUUGUACCUUGACUCAAAUCUUUUUGAAGGUUUCAUCCCAUUAGAUAUUGGAAAAUUAAAGAAUCUGACUGUAUUGUAUCUCUCUUAUAACAAACUCACUGGCUCAAUCCCUUCAUCACUACUUCAUUUACCCAAUUUAAUGGAUUUAACCAUCGCUUCGAAUCAUUUGGAGGGUCCCAUACCCCAUGAAAUUGAGAGUUUGAAUGCCCUGAAAUACUUGAAUCUCUCAGACAACAAAUUGAGUGGGCCCAUUCCAUCUCAGAUUGGUAAUUUGUCAAAUUUAAGAUCCUUAAUUUUGGCAAACAAUAACUUGAGUGGAAGGAUUCCCCUGCAAAUUAGUGGCUUAUCUCUAUAUGAGCUUGAUCUAAGCCAUAACAUCAUUAGUGGAGAUAUACCUUCUCAACUCAAUUUCCAAAACUAUUCCCAAAACAUUUUUCUUAGCCAUAACCUUCUCCUAGGAGUGAUACCUUCCCAAUUUGGGAAUUUAACUGAUUUAAGCAGCUUAGAUCUCAGUUGGAAUAAUCUAACGGGCACGAUUCCCGAAUUUCCAUUUUAUGUGGGGAACCUCAAUUUGUCAUUUAAUUCACUGAGGGGUCAAAUUCCAGAUGGAUUAUUGCAUUUUGCACCCGAGACAUUUAUAGGCAACAAGGAUUUAUGCGGUUCCAUUCAAGGCUUCCGUCCUUGCCCUUCAUCUCCAAAUGUAAACCGAGAAAGAAAUAGCAAACUAGUGAAGCACAAUCUGUCUAUUGUUAUUCUGGUUCCAAAUUUGUUAUUUUUUGUCUCGACUUUUGUGUUGGUGAUAUUCAUCCUAUUCCGACGAUAUAGAGCUAAAGCUUUGAAAUCUGAUCCAAGCCCAACCAAAAAUGGAGAUUUAUUCUGUAUUUGGAACUUUGAUGGAAAGAUUGCUUUUGAAGACAUCAUCAAAGCCACGGAGGAUUUUGAUAUCAAAUAUUGCAUUGGAACGGGUGGUUAUGGCAGUGUUUACAGAGCAAUCUUACCAAGUGGCAAAGUUGUUGCAUUGAAAAAACUCCACCAAUUGGAAGCUGAGCAGCCGGCUUAUGAUGCAAGUUUCCGGAAUGAGAUCAAGUUUUUAACAGAAAUACGACACAAGAACAUUGUCAAGCUGCACGGAUUUUGUCUCCACAAUCGUUGCAUGUGCUUGAUUUAUGAAUAUAUGGAAAACGGAAGCUUAUUUUAUGCCUUGAGCAUUGAUGAGGAAGCUGUGGAAUUGGAUUGGACCAAAAGAGUGAACAUUGUCAAAGGUGUCGCACAUGCUCUAUCUUACAUGCAUCAUGAUUGCACCCCUCCAAUUGUUCAUCGAGACAUCUCAAGCAAAAACAUUUUGUUGAACUCUGAAUUGGAAGCUUUUAUUGCUGACUUUGGGACUGCAAGACUUCUUGAUCCUGAUUCAUCUAAUCGAACUGUAAUUGUUGGCACAUAUGGAUAUAUUGCCCCAGAACUUGCUUAUUCAAUGAUUGUGACGGAAAAAUGUGAUGUAUAUAGCUUUGGAGUGUUGGCAUUGGAAAUAUUGAUGGGAAAGCAUCCUGUUUUGGACCCUCGAUUAUCACCACCAAGAAGUCAAAAAAUGGUAGGAGACAUCGCUUUUGUUGCUGUGAUUGCUUUCGCAUGCUUACGGGCCAAACCCAAAGCUCGACCAACAAUGAAAUCAGUGUCUCAAAAAUUCCUACGCAUCAAGUCUCCAAUUUCAGUGCCUCUUCAUGAAAUAUCUCUUAUCGAGCUUAAGAACCAUGAGAUGUUUAUGAGCGGAGGCAAAUACAUGUAUUGGGCUGUUAGAUUUGGAUAUCCAUUCAUGAAUGUUGGGUCCAAAGCAUGGUGA